CUAGGGGAUUCUAACUGCUACAGCUGAAAGCACGGCUGCGUACCGAUUCUCUACUCUUUAUCUAUGACUACUCAUGCCUGAACACGACGGAGUAAGGCAGACGGCAGCGGAGACGGAGGCGGAAGCAGAAGCAGAGGCAGAGGAGGCUAAGCAGUGCCGCAUCUGUCUCGACGGUGAGGACCCGGAAUUGGGCAGGCUCAUUCGACCUUGUCUUUGCAAGGGAUCCAUCACUUACGUUCAUGUGAAAUGUUUACAACGAUGGCGGAACACCUCGAGUUCUCGAAGCGCAUUCUACGCUUGUCCACAAUGUGGAUACCACUAUCACUUCGCACGCACUCGUAUCGUGGGCAUUGCAACCAACCCAGUCGUCAUCGCCACCCUGUCUACGAUGCUGUUCACGAUCAUCGUCCUUCUGAGUUCAUUUGUGACCACCUGGUUCAUCGGAAACGAUGACGACACCUACUCAUUCAGCUUUUACUACCCAUACGAAAUAUUCCGUAGCCUUAUCAAGAUGGCCGUUGGUAUCCUUGCAGACGAUGGUUUGGUCGGAGAUACGAUUCUUCGACAGCGCGCGGGCACAUACCGAACCAAACAGCCGCAAGGCCCGCCGAGCUUUCUUGGUCGCAUCCUCCGCCGGUUCUUACUUGGUCUACCUGUUGUGGGCGCGGGCUCAAUAGCGCACAUGCUGCUGUCAAUCCCACUCCCGUUCCACUGGCUGCGCUUCCGUACGCGUCGUACAGCGCGCCAGUCCAAGGAUCUCAUGGCUCUAAUCAUUCUCGCAGUUGUUCUUGCUGGUGCCGCUAGGGCGCUGUACAAAGUAUACCAGUUCACGGAGAAAAUGACGAAACGGCUACUGUUGCGUGCGGAAGACGCUAUUCUAGAGGUUGGCUAGGCUGGCUGUUUCGAUCGGUUUCCAUGCAUCGCCAUGAUUGUAGUCGCACUGCGGACCUGAGAUCUGUUGUAAUAUGAUAUCCUGUGUGCC